UAGAUCUGUACCUCCAUUCCUCGAAACUACACUUGGAAAAAAAAAAUCAUCAUCACUCUUGAAACUCUCCGAAAAACUCUCACUCUCAUCGCGAUGACUCUGUCCGGCCAAACCUCCGACCGUCGUCUUCCACGUCCCGUCAAUUUGAAUAUGCCGGAUCUCGCUCGCUUAGAAGCUGAAAAUGGCGGUUCAAUCAUGUCAGAGUGCGUCUUUUGGGAUCAGAACAGCUUCACCUUCUCAGAAACUCACUUCGAAACCUGUAGCUCAUAUCAACGAAGCUCAAACCAUCUUUUGUACUGUCAAUUUCGUGGUCUGCUUUGAAUCCCGGUCAAAUUCCGGCAAAAUUCUCCGGAAUUCAGUGCCGGAAUAUUCGCUUCUCUCUCCGAUUCCACAUUCUCUUAUGAACCACCAGAAUCUGAAUCUCCCUCACUUGAAAAGGAGAGUGGAUGAUUCAGAGAACAUUUCUGUCUCACUUAAUGUGGAGACUGUAAAGGGCAAAGGAGAGGAUGGAGAAAGGAUGAUGCAGAGAACAUCCCUGUUCCUCUGACUGUAAAGAACAAAGGACACGAACGAUUCUUGCAGCAAAUCUGGACAAAUCCACCAUCUCCUCAAUGCUUCUCAGAGAACCGGACAGCUCCUUUGAAACCCUUGAGGACCAAAC